ACAGUGUUGCGCAAAUGGUGGAGAAGAAACCCUCGGUUCGUUCCCAGGACCCUGGACAGCGGCGGGUGCUGGACCGGGCAGCCCGGCAGCGACGGAUCAAUCGACAGCUCGAGGCUUUAGAAAAUGACAAUUUCCAGGAUGACCCCCACGCAGGCCUCCCCCAGCUGGGCAAGAGGCUACCGCAGUUUGAUGAUGAUGCAGACACAGGAAAAAAAAAGAAGAAAACUCGAGGUGACCAUUUCAAACUUCGCUUCCGGAAAAACUUCCAGGCUUUGCUAGAGGAGCAGAACCUGAGUGUAUCCGAGGGCCCCAACUACUUGACAGCCUGUGCUGGGCCCCCAUCCCGACCCCAGCGUCCCUUCUGUGCUGUGUGUGGCUUUCCAUCCCCAUAUACCUGUGUAAGCUGCGGUGCCAGGUACUGCACAGUGCGCUGCCUGGGCACCCACCAGGAGACCAGGUGUCUGAAGUGGACUGUGUAAACCUGGCAUCAGGGAGAGGAAGUCCCUGCAACCAUUAAUUACCCCAGACCAUCCCCAAAGGACAGAGAGAGGAGCUGUCCACUCACCCAGCAAAAUUGUCCCCACUGUUGUGGGGUUGUUCAGCCCACAGAGCGCUGUGAUAAUAAAU